UUCAAAAACCCUAGCUCUGAACCCUAUAAAACCCUCCUUAAACCCUUCCUGAAUCUCACCUUACGCUCCGGUGUCUCUCUUCCGCUCAAAGCAGUACCAGCCGUUGCUUUCUCUCUCUCAAGAUCAAUGGCCAUGGAGUUUUGGGGUGUUGAAGUCAAACAAGGUCAAUCUUUGAAAGUGUCCCCUGAGCAUGACAGAAUCAUUCAUAUUUCCCAGGCAUCAUUGGGGGAGGUCAAGGAUGAGAAGGCUGCUAACAAGGUUCCAAUCCGUCUGAAGAUCGGAGGGAAGAACUUUGUUAUAGGAACUCUCUCAGCUGGAGAUAGACCUCAGAUAAUGUUUGAUUUGGUGUUUGAGAAAGAGUUUGAACUCUCUCAUGACUGGAAGAAUGGAAGUGUCUACUUCAUUGGAUACCAAACUAUGGACCCAUGCCUUGAUGAUGAGGAUGAUGGUGAGGAAUUUGAUUUUGAGUCUGAUGAAGAACUUCCCACUGAAUCCCCCGAAAAUGGGAAACUUGAACCUAAGGUUAAUGCUGCAAAGCCAGCGAAAAAACCCUCUGCUACUGAGGCUUUACCCUCUAAGAAAUUAGAAUCAAAGCCUGCAGCAGAUCCCAAGAAAGUAGAACCUGAGUCUGAUGAUGAUGAUGACUCUGAUGAUGAAGAUGAAGAUGGCGAGGAUUCUGAUGAAAGUAUGGAAGAUGGUGAGUCUGAAGAUGAUGAUUCAGAGGAUGAUGAAUCAGAUGAGGAGACACCUGUGAAGGGUAAGCCGCAGAUGAAGAAAAGGCCUGCUCAACCACUCCCAGAAACCCGUGCUCCUGCAAAGAAAGCAAAACAAGCCACUCCUGACAAGAGUGGUGGGAAGAAAGUAUCUCCUGGAGCAAAGCAACCUCAAAAAUCUCCACAAUCAUUCAAUAAUUCAAACAAGAAGCCCCAAAAGAAAUUUAACCAGAGAAAGCACUAGGGAGGUGGUAUUGAUGAAGAAAAGAAGAGGGAUUAGUUACCAAAGCACAAUUUUGGCAUUUAUUUAGUGUUAUUGUUUGGAUCACUAGAAAGAAAGAUUGUGAAGUAUCAUCGGCUUAUAUUUAAAUAUUGUCUUUUAUGUCUUCUUUUGAAACAAUUAGAUUUGAUUGGUGUAGAACCAAAUUAUUAUACUAGACAAAUGAUUGGAUGGUUUAGUAUUUGAAGUUUUUGAUU